AGGAUCGUUUAGUGAUAUGUUUAUAAGAGAUACUAUUAAUUGGGUAGAUUGGUCAUCCCCGAGCUCUCCGUUUUUAGAACCUAAAAAGGGUAUACAAAUACUAGCUCCCACACAAGGUGAUAGUUUUGUAAGUGAAUAUAUUAAAAUAAUAAAGCUAUUAUAUGCUAUUGCUAUUGGCAAGGAUUUAGAUGAUAUAGAUGUUAAAGUAAAAUUUCUUUGUGGAUUAUCACCUGACAAUGAAAAGCGUGUGAAUGAGUUUGGUGUUAAAAAGCCUUUAACUGAAAUAUUUGAAUACCUAGUUAAGUCUUCUACCGAUCCGAAUAUUAUAAAUUUACCGGAACUAUUAGAGCGGAUUCUAUAUUUCUUAGCGGUAGAUAAGUCACUUUAUCCUGCUCUAUUUGUUUGCCGAUUGUGGUAUAAAUGUGCUGUUCCUAGCUUAUGGAAAUACAUUGAACUAAAGGGGAAUAAUCUGAAAUAUAGUCAUUAUUUCCCAGAUGAUUAUACUUAUCAUGAGAGAAAUCGUACUCGAUGGAAAAGAUUUAUAAAAAUAAUGAAUGAAAAGCGUAAGCCAGCUUGUGUCUUGAAUGUAACUUAUCUAGAAAUUACUUAUUACCAUUCACUAUCGGAUAACAAAAUAAAAGGUAUUGUGGAUACCUUUCCAAAUAUAAUUCAUUUAGAUUUCAAAGAUAGC